CCGGCAUUCUACAGCCUCGUCAUGGAGCACAGCAAUCGGGGUCGCAUCGAGUCCAACACCUCUGACAUGGACAUGGGCAAUACCUACCAAGAGAUGACGACGAGGCAGUGGGUAUGGUGCCCCGAUCCGACUUUGGUCUGUGUCCCUGGGGUCGUUGUCGCGCGUGGAAAGGACAACUUGCUCAUCGUACACACGGACGACGGCGAGGAGAGGCAACUGGACAGCGACGACGCGCUUCCCGUGGGCAUUGACGUCACGACGACCGUGUCCGACGUUGCGGAACUGACUCUGAAUCACGCCUCGACUCGGCAUGACAAUCAUCGCGCGAGCACGAAGGAUGAACGCAUGACGCAAAAUCUCCAUGCGCGGCACGAAGCGCAAGCCCUCGAGUAUGCGCUCUUGCACACCCUUCGCACGCGAUUCCGCGAUGACACGAUCUACACGGAAUGCGGUGCGUCUGUCUUGAUCAGUGUGAACCCCCAUCGUCCGCUAUCCCUGUACACACCCGACAUUGUCCAGGCGUAUCGCCAUCGCCAAAUGCUGCAUGAAAUGCCGCCACAUCUGUUCGGACUGGCCGAGAAUGCCAAAUUGUCGCUCCAGGAAAGCGGAGAAGACCAAGCGAUUGUUCUCCUCGGCGAGCGCGGCGCCGGCAAGUCGGAGGCGGCCAAGCUCCUGCUGCAGUACCUCUGCCAUCAACCGCACACGGCAGCCAUCUCCCGUUCCAAGUCGAGGUCCAACGCGGGGGACAUGGGAGCAUCCUCGAGCAUCCACGUACCCAUCGAAGAGCAAAUGCUGCAUGCAUGCGUCGUCCUCGAAGCCUUCGGCCACGUGGAGCUGGCCAACCACCCCAAUGCGUCGCACCUUGUCAAGAUCUUAUCGGUCGAGUACGACACCCACGGCCGCCUCUUGGCGGGCAACCUCACCACCCACUCGCUUCAAAAGCAAAAGGUCAUGCACACGCUACCGUCGGAACGCAGCUUUCACAUUUUCCACUGGCUUUUGGCUGAAGCGUCCAAGAACUCGUCGCUCCACACAGCGUUGGAGCUUGGCAACUAUACCUUUGCGAUUGCUGGGAAUCCCGUCCAUCCUUGUAGGUCCAAGGACGCCCACCACUUCGAGGACCUCAUGGCGUCGCUCACCGCGCUCCGCGUGCCCGCGCAUCACGUGCACAACAUCAUGCGAGUGGUGUCGGCCGUGCUCCAUCUUGGCAACGUCAAAUUCGUCGCUGCUUCGUCGACUGCCAACACCAGCCAUGCGAUGGCGGAGAAUGCACUGGACGCCGCGUGCAUAAUCGACGAAGCCACCGCCGUACACUUGCAACUGGCUGCGACCAUGUUGGAAGUAGACGCGUCCGUGCUGGACCACUACUUUCGCACCCGCAAGAUGGUUUCGUCCAAUCAAACGUCGUCGCUCAAGAUCGUCAGUGUCCACCAGGCCACCCGCGCCCGCGACACGUUUUGCAAAAACCUGUACGAGUCGCUGGUACACGCCAUCACAUUUCGCAUGAACGCGAGUCUUCGGUCCAAGCUGGAACGGUAUGAAAAGUCCAACAUUACCGUGGACACCCGCGGCAUCCACAUCAUCGACGCGUUCGGGUACCUGCCUCCUAGCGCGUCGGAUGUUUCCGUCCACAGCUUUGACACACUGUGUGUGCAUUACUGGGCAGAGAAGCUGCGGUCGUUCUACUUGUCGUCAGUGUUUCCCGCGGCGGCCAACUUGGACGUGGACGUGUACGUGCGUCUGUACGAGCAGACGCCGGUAGGUAUUUUCCCGAUUUUGGCCGACCAAAUGACCAGUCGAACGCAUCACCGGCAAGCGCAAGACGCGCAGUUUGUCAACAAGUUGCUCGUCGCCAACGAAAGCAUCGGCAACACGUUGCUGCAACCGGUAUUGCCGUCGACGACCAACAAGAAGAACUACAAGGUCCAGUUCACCAUCACACACGGCCACGGCGCCACUGUGACGUACGAAGCCGACGACUUUGUGAAACGAAACAGCAAGUCCGUGUCCGCCACCGCGGCGGCGAUCCUCAAGUCGUCCAAGAACAGCUUUGUCAAGGGCAUGGUCGACAGGCAUGGCAACUCACCGACGCUGCCGUCGCCCCUAAGUCGCACGUCCAACGUGGCCACCAACUUCAGCGCGCUCAAGCAUGCAAACUCUUGCGACAACGUCACGACGGAGCUCAUGCAACAGGCGUCGUCCGUGGUUGCCGCCAUGCGCACCAUGGGCACACACUUUGUGGUGUGUGUGAACCCGCAAAAGGACGACGAUGACUGCUUCUUCCAUUCGAGGGACGUGGUGCGCCAGCUGCGCGCAGUGGACGUUUUGAACCUGGUCGUGUCGUGUCAGCGCAACUUGACCGUCAAGCUGUCGCCGCCUCUGUUCUUCUCGCGGUACCGCCACAUUUGUGGCCACCGGCAGACGCUGGAGAGUUUGAUCCGGUCGCUCAUUGCCAUUGGCGUCAUGGACGACCUUACGUGGCGGGUUGAGGGCGUGCCACCCCAAGUCAUCUGGCUCCACGUCCUCCAGCGAAAGAAGCUCGAAAAAGCACGCGAGCUCUACUUGAACGCGUGCGCCACCAUGAUCCAGCGCAACUUGCAGCGCAGUGCGUUCCGCAAACUAUGCACCCGCCGCCUCGCCGCUCUGACCGCCCUUCGCGCCGCCGUUCACGCUCGAAACCCCACCGCCAUUCGAACGGGGCUUGCAGACGCCGCCAGUUGGAUGGAAGCGCGCGGCGGGAGCGUCCGCAUGAUCCAACAAGCGUCUCAAGUCAUCUCCCAAGUGGCCGAGGAGUCGUACCUCAAGUCCAUUUUCACCGAUGCGGUCGCAAGGGACCAGGACGUGCUCCUGCGGCAUGCAUUGGCGACGGCGCAAUCCAUUUGCCCGUCUUGGAAGCACGAGCUGCUCACGACCGCCAAGGCCGCGCUGAAGCGUCGGUCAGACUCGCCCGUUUGGAGGAGUUCCAGAAGUAACUCUGUCCGAGACGCCCUUCUGCGUGGCUCGAUGGCAGACCUGGCUCGACUGGACGUGCCAACCACGACAAUGGAAGGCCAAUUGGCAAUGAAACUUCUGGCCCACCGAUCCGAGGUAUCGGCCGCUCAAACCGCUUUGAACGCGUGCGUGACCUCGACUGCGACAACGGCGGCGACGUGGACGGCUGCCGUUUCCAAAAUGCUCGACUUGGGCGAGGUAGACCAGACGUUGGCGACCUUGCAAUCGUCGUGGGACGCGUGGGCGCCGCUCCGGUCGCUCGUGCCCAUGAGUCGGCUCCAAAUCGAAGAGACGCUUCAAAAAGCGGUGGACGCCACGUGCCAGCCCGGUGCUGAGAUUUGUUUGAACUUGCUCACCGACAUCGGUACCAACAACGACGAGUUGGUGUUGCAAGCUGUGGCCUUGCUGGACGACAAGAUCCCUCCGUCCAAGGAGCGACCGCAGGCGGUGGCACUGGUGGAGCUGGCGUUGCAAGCGGACAGCUCCAUCUUGCUGGAAGCGGCCAUGGCCAAGUGCCGGUCGGUGGGGAUGGCGCAAUGGGACAUGAACGUACGCAAAGUUGAGAAAGCGUUGGACGGGCACAAGAAGGAACAUGCGGCGCUGGAGGGUGCGUGGACAGCCCUGCUGCAGCAAGACCUGGCCAAAGUGCAAGGCAUUCAGACGACGCAUCCGCUGGUGGCCACGUCGCCAGUGUUUGCGUUUCUGGGACUUGUGCAAAACCAUCACGAGCGACUCAACAGACUGAACAAGCUGCCGGUGGACCAGCGCGUGCAAGAAGCGGCAGAGGCAGGCCUUGUGCACGUGGUCCAAUCCGAUUUGCCACAGGUGUUGGCCUCCAUCGAUCAGUCUCGACUUGUGGCAGACCUGCACCACACCAUUGGGUUUGUGCAAUCUCGCCUCGAUGGCCAAAUUGAAGUUCGAUCUGAUCUCCUGGGAUUGCUGACCACGCAAACGCAACGGGUGCUCACCCAAACGACUGACACUUCCUCGUCAUCCAUGUUGGAAGACGCGGGGGGGCUGACGAGGCGCCUGCAAAAGAGUUUGAUGGCCAAGAGCAAACUCGCCAAGAUCCUCAAAUCGCCCACCGUGGCCUCGUUGCAAGCCUGGCUCGACGACGUGCAUUCCCGGCGGACGUCGAUGGAAGCGUCGGCGCUACAGUCGGCCAACGACGUCCUCCGUCAGCUCAAAGCCAGCCAUCACGUGGAGCCUCAGUUCCAAUCGUCUACGGCCGGCGACGAUGAAUAUUUGCACGUUUCCGGCGACGACGUGGAUAAGUCUGUGCACUUUUCCGAGUACGACCAACUGCGCUCGGAUUAUGGCGGCCCCGCCGCCAUGCAGUGGGAAAGUCGAGUAUUGGACCGACCUCUGUUGCAGCAUCAGCGCACGCCGUGGAGUGUCCACGUGAGUCGGUGCAUCUUGGGGUACAUGCGGGAUCGGGUGAUGUGGUUUCGUGAAAUGCUGGCGCAGUCCAUCCUACAGCUGGCGCUCCAACAGCCCGCACUUGUGGACGAGGUGUUGAUGCAGCUCAUGAAGCAGCUCACGUACAACCCGCGGCCGGAAAGCGAGCGGCGCGGGUGGUCGCUGCUGGCGCUGUGCCUCACGUGCUUCUCGCCGUCGCCGCCUCUGGCCAAGUUCGUCGCGUCCUUUGUGCACUCGUCGCGCCACCCCGUGGCCUUGUACUGCCAAUUGCGCCUUGACACGCACGUGGCGCACAGCGGGUUUCUGCCGAGUUUGGACGAACUAUCAGCCUUCGACUGCCGGUCGCCGUUUGUUGCGUCGAUCGAACUGUUGGACGGGUCCGUGCUCACGACCAACUUCCCCAUCUCCCCCGAACUCACCGUGACCCACGUCGUGGACGUGUGUGCGCAUUUUCUGGGGUUGCAGCAAGCCUCGUUGCUCGGCCUCGCCCAGACGGCCGACUCACCCCUGUACCAUCCCCACGCGUACUUGGGGGAUGUGUUUGAUGAUCUAAGUACGACGUCCGACACCAACGACCACCCCCUCCCCGCUGGACACGAACUUCGUGGGGGUCCGUGUACCUUUGUGUUGAAACUGCGUUUGAGUCCGGUCGUUGCUGUCGUGGACGACACCAACCCCAUCUACCAGCGCUUGGUCUAUGUCCAAGCCAUGGAAGAUAUUCUCCAGGGCCGCCUGCCGCUCCUACAAAUCGAACCCGUGCUUCGCCUGGCUUCGUAUGCCAUCCUCGUCGACUCCACGGCGUCGACAGACGAACCUGUACCCGAGACACUGGACGAAGUGCUCGCGUGGAACGUGCUCGAGUACUUGCCCGCGGUGUGGGUGGACGACAAGAGCGAAAACGAGUAUGCGCAGUGUAUCUUGCACCAAAUUCGCCAAGCAUUGCAAGACCACCCGCACCACGACACUACCAAGUCGCCAGGUCCUUCGGUGGAACACUGGCAGGCGUUGUACGUGGAUGAAGUCAAGAAGCAUCGGCUCUUUGGUAGCCACUUCUUUGCCAUCCGCGUGCCAAAGCUCAACCUGUCCAAACCGUCCAUCUCGUCGACAAUGAACUCGAUGUCUUCGACCUCUGUGAAUAAUGUCCUCGUUUCAUUCGAGUCGCCGGCGGCGUCCGUGCUCGCCGUGAACGGCAUGGGCGUGCACUUUGUGGAUGCCAGUCACAACGUGCUGCUGUCGUGGGAACAUGCCGACGUGGUGGGCGUGGUCGUGACGCCCAACCACGUGACGAUUCAGACCGCGAGCCAAGGCCACGCCCAGUCGGUUUGCGACAACGCCGUCGAAGUCGGUCGACUGCUCGAAGACUAUGCAGUGUGGAACAAGACCAAACUCAACACCAGAGGUUCAACCACCAGUGCCGGCGGCUGGUUACGCUAAAAUUAAUCGAGUGUACUCUGGAUGUUGUUGCGCGGUGGUCUCUGUAACCUAUAUACAUAUAUGUAUU